AUGGCCCUGACACUGGAAUCACUCCCCGUUGAGCUCAUAACAGCAAUAAUGGAAGAACUAGACGUGGAGUCGCUGGUGAUGGUAUCCUAUCUUUCACACCGUCUUCACACUAUAGCCUCCGACCCUUCAUUGAACCCAUGGAGAGUCCCAAUCAUUCGGAAUCUUACCUCUGGAACAUACGAGGAAUGCAUGAAACAUCUGAGUGUCCGAUCGACUGUACCUAGGCAAAAUUGGAUAGAAAUUCUCAGCAUUGCCCGUCCUGCCUUCUUGUUGUUCGAAGCGACACUACCCAACUUAAAAGAGGAUGUUUGGAAAGAGUGCUUCAAACGGAGGUUUCUUCCUGGCUGGCAGAAAUGGAAGAGAGAUUCGAGUUGGAGAGAAGCGAGUUUACUCUUAACAUGCUUUCUGGGAUCACCUAGCUUACAAUUCAAUCGAAACAGGGCUCUGAUUAGGGUUUGGCAUCGUAGCCAGACUACUUGUACCACUGACGAGGCUUGGACGACUUAUAUUGUUUUGAAUCGCAAUGGAUCUGCGAACGAACUGGCAGUUUCUUCACGAAAUUUCAAUCCUCUUACUGUGUUUCAUGACAUGAAACUACAGUGUAACCUUGCUCAUCUUCAAACACACGUUAGACUUGUCGUCCAACUUGCGGACGUACGAAUUAUUGCCUUGGGUGUCCUCAAUCGCCCUCGAGGAACCUUCACUGUCAACCACAAUGCUCGACUAUUCCUGCAUCCUCCGGGUAUAGAGAUCACGGAGCCGGUCGACGACGAAACCAGGGAUGAUUCGCCAGGCAGACGUUUAUCAAUUAGUAGCCAUGCUGGCACCAUACACAGCGUGUCGAGUGAUCCGGCCUCACCCAGUACCCAGCAUGAACGCCUAACUCACCCGAUGCCCUCGCCGUCACACGCAAACUAUCCUCUACACACUCCCAGCGGCGAAGAUAAACGCUGGAUCGGAUCGGGAGCCCUCGAGGAAGGCGGCCAACUCUGGGUUGGGCCUCUAAUGCUGACAGCGCAAAUAACCGGUCCCCAGACGAACACACAUUGGGCUGACGGACCUCAAUUUCAAGAUCUGGACUUGGUCCUUGGUUCUGGGCGUAGUCAAUAUUCAUCCUUUACCUGGGCCGACCUCGCAGCGGUCGCUCCUUGGAUGGAUGAGCGAAUCACAAAGAAGAUUGAUGGUCCCGGGCUAGGGAAUCAAUAA